AGGGCGCGGGCAAGGCGUGCGGGUCAAGAGGGGUUUACAGCUUUGAAAUUCCAACCCGCCGCGGAGGCGUGUGCGGCUGAGGUUUAAAUUGCCAAAGAAAGUGAGCAGUUUUGCUUCAGCAGAUCUUCGCAGAUGUCUCCCUUUUGACUUGAGCCGUGUCAGUGGUCAAGUAGACUGGCCGUGGCGAGACUGGCCUACGGCUGAGGUGAUUUGAGGGAGCGCGAGAGGGGUGCGCCAUGUUCGCACCCGGCUCGGGCUGGGGAUGUGGCUGCCUCUGGCUCAGCCAGUUCCGAGUUGGGGCCCGCAGAGCUGCGGGGCGCUGGGCUUGUCGGGCUGGCCCGGCCCGGCGGUACAGCUCUGGUGGGGGCGAGCGCCAGCUCGGGUCGGAGCCCGCGGUCUCCCCGCCAGGCCUCACAUGCCACACUCUGAAGGAGUGGACGCUGCUGGUGAGCCCGUUCGGUCGGCUGCGGGCGCGGCUUCCGUGCCAUUUGGCCGUGAGGCCCCUGGACCCCCUUACCUACCCGGACGGCGACCGCGUGCUGGUUGCGGUGAGAGCAGCGGAGGGCGGGGCGCGGGACCUGGCCGGCCUGCUGGUGAAGUACGACGAGGCGCUGAAGGAGGUAGCCAUCCUGUCUGACACCAUCGACCCUCAGGCGUCCGUGGAGGUGAACGCGCCCCUGAAGUUUGAUUUGGAUAUCAAGUCAUCAGGGCCUGGCUGUGUAAAAGUCCAAAAUAUUGAGUGUGAUAAUUGUAAAAUUGAAACUGAGCAGGGGACUGGCAUCUUACAGUCUGUUAAGAGUCAAAAAUUACAUGUUCAGACAAAAGGAGGCAAAGUAAUUUGCCUGGGAACAGUUUAUGGAAAUACAGAUAUUCAUGCGUCGGAUAAAAGUACUGUGACCAUAGAUAAACUGCAAGGAAGUACUGUUAAUAUAUCUACUGAACAUGGUUUGCUGGAAGCCAAGUAUCUUUAUACAGAUUCAUCAUUUCUAUCUUCUGUUGCUGGAGAUAUUACAUUAGGAAGUAUUCAUGGUAAUAUAACAUUACAAAGCAAGAUGGGUAAUAUCACAAUAGAUUCAUCCUCUGGAUGUCUACAGGCCUCAACUCAUCAGGGUGCAAUAGAUGUUUAUGUCAGCCAACUAGGGAAAGUGGAGUUGAAAUCCCAUAAAGGCUCUAUUCUUGUCAAGGUCGCAUCUUCUCUUCAAGCUCAUUUACAGUUAUCGGGAAGAGAGGUUGAUGUGAACUCAGAAGUCCAUGUUCAAGAAAUGACUGAAGUUCAUAAAGACGAUGCUGUAAUAAUUACUGGGCUCAUGAAUCAAGCAAGCAAACAUGAAAAAUGGAUUAAGGCUGAUGCCCCAGAAGGCACUGUAAAUCUUAGAAAUCAAAGCUGGUUUCAGUCCCUAAAACUGCAGGACUGAGAAUGAUUUGAAUUGUAUUUAUAAUUUUGAGCAAUGAUUAGCAGAUCUGUGACUACAAAAAUGCAAACACCACAGUUCGUAUAAAUGCUGAAAACAACAAACCGGAAUGAAUACUGGUGAAUUGUCUUGUGGGAGCCUUUUCAAAAUUUGUAUUUAGCUAUUAUAUUUGUUUCCUAUUGCUCUGUCAUGAAAUUACCACAAACUUACUGUCUUAAAGUCACACUUUUAGCUCACAGUUGUGUGGGUCAAGAGACCUGCAUGGCUAGGUUCUUUGCUCAGGGUGGACAGGGCUGGACUCGGCAUUACCCAGGCUUGUUCUCGUCUAGAUGCUCUGGGCAGGGAAGUCUACUUUCAAGUCUGUUUAUAUUGGCAAGAUCCAGUUCCCUCUGACUACUACUGAGGUCUCUGUUUUCUAGCUGUCCAUCAGUGAUCCCUCUAAGCUUGUACAGGCCAUUUGCAUUCCAUCUCAUGUGGCCCUUUCCAUCUUUAAGCCAGCAGUGAUGCAUUCGGAUGUUUCUGGUACUUUGUAUGUCUGACCUCUUUUGCAGCCAUCUGGAGAAACUGCUUUUAAAGGUCUUAACUUGAUUUGAUCAAGCCUGCCCAGAAUAAUCUUUGUUUUGCUGUAUAAUGUAGCAUAAUCAUGGGAGUGCUAUCUCCUCAUAUUUAUAAUUUCUGUUUACACUCAGGAGAAAGAGAUUAUACAAAGGCAUAGGUAAUGGGGAGAAGUUGUCUUAGAAUGUCUUCCACCACAGCUCUCAUAACAUGUUUGCUACUUAGAGCCUCUUAUGACAGUGUAAAUUUAAGCUGUGAAUAAAAACAUCUAAAAUGGGGGCACCUGGGUGGCUCAGUGGGUUAAAGCCUCUGCCUUCGGCUCAGGUCAUGAUCCCAGGGUCCUGGGAUUGAGCCCGGGCUCAAAGAGCAUCGGGCUUUUUGCUCAGCAGGGAGCCUGCUUCCUCCCCUCUCUCUCUGCCUACUUGUAAUCUCUGUCUGUCAAAUAAAAUAAAUAAAAUCUUAAAAAAAAAAUCUGAAAUGUGAUGCAUUUGCUACUGAUUUCUUUUUCUUUCUUUCUUUUUUUUUUUUUUUUGGUGUAAUUUAAGAUAUAAUGCAUUGGGAAGAGGAGAAACAUUCAGUGAUUUUUCACAAUGAAGAUUGAUUUUCACUUUAACAAGUGUACUGUAUAAAGUUAUUUCCUGAAUUCUCUUUCAAACCUUACUUGUCUACUUCUGGGACAUUUAACUUAUAUAAGACUAAAUCGUCCUAUCUUUUGAAUUAUGUCUUUAAUGAUAAGGAUAAAUCAGUUCUUAAACAAUGCUUUCUAAUAAACCUUCUCAAAUACUAUGGUUUAUAAUAAUCUCUUUGUUAAUAUUAUAUUUAGAGCUCUAUUUUUAACUUUAUAGUUAUAAGACAAAAAGUGAACUUUGUGGAAUAUCUCAAAGUCUCCUUUAGUUCAAUCUUCAUGAAAUCAGAAUUUAUAGAAGUUGGGACAAUAUUCAUGUUUGUUUGAUGUGGUUAUAGUGUAAGUGUGCUAAAUUAUUAAGUAGAGGAAACUGUAAGGCAAUGAGGCAGUUUUUAUAAUCUUUUUCACCCUCAUGCAAUUAUAUAAAUAUUUAUUUUCAUGACUAAAAGUAAAGUUUAUGAAAUUAGUCAACAACAGCCAGAAAGGUCAUGAGCAGAACAGCUGUAAAUUGUAGUUAAAAUUAUUAAAAGAAUUGUACAUAUUUGAAUCACAUAGUCAAGUCCAAACAGAAAGGAUAAGCUGCCAUAUUUUAGUCUCUUGAAUACUCACCGAUGGAUAGCAAAUGCUUAAGAGCUGAAGACCUAAGUAAUAUUUUGGUUGUUUUGAGUGCUUUGCACUGAGAACUUGAAGAUUUCUCCACAUGUUCAUUCUGCUUCUUGGUAACCUUUUAACUCACCUUUUCUAACAUCUACCCCUUUUCUUUCAUUUUUAUAGUUAUAAAAUUUGUCUUUUCAUAAAGAACAAAUAUGCUCCUGUUUUUGUUUAAAAGAGGAUCUUUCUCAAAGAGUUUUGGAGCAAGCUUUGACAGUUAAAUACCAAACACCCUGCUUGGUUUCUAGGGAACAUAACAGGGUAUCUUUCUCCUUACCCUUGGUCUUCCCCAAGUAGGUUUUAUUCCUUUAGAAAGCAGUUGUCAAUAGCCAAACUAUGGUAAGAACCUAGAUGUCCAUCAACAGAUGAAUGGAUCAAGAAGAUGUGGUAUAUAUACACAAUGGAAUACUAUGCAGCCAUCAAAAGAAAUGAAAUCUUGCCAUUUGCGACAACAUGGAUGGAACUAGAGCGUAUCAUGCUUAGCGAAAUAAGUCAAGCGGAGAAAGACAACUAUCAUAUGAUCUCCCUGAUAUGAGGAAGUGGUGAUGCAACAUGGGGGCUUAAGUGGGUACGAGAAGAAUAAAUGAAAGAAGA